AUGACUUUAAUUGUGAUUGGAUUCCUGAUUGUUCUUUCCCAUGCCUCAAUGGGAUCCAUCAAAGUGGCUGAAAAUUACUGGACUCUUAAAUCAAAUGAACUGGUGGUGGUUGAAGAUAUGACCAAAUAUGGCAGCAAGGUGCUGGUUCCACUGGUGUGCGGUGAGGCUUUUGAAGGACAGAACAUCAUCUGGAAGACAGUGAGUGGAGAGAAACUCCAGGUCCAAGGAAACAGGAUUUUAGUAAUGGUGGAGGAAAGACAGGGAGGAACGUACACCUGUUACAGUACUGAGGGCAAUUACCUGAACCACACGCUGGUGCUGGUGCAGUGGCCCUACAGGAAAAUUAUUAAAGGCACUCCUGAGCAUGGUUACAUUCACUGUGCAGCCAACAAUUAUAGUGGCUUCUUUCAGUGCUUCUGGACGUGGGAUGAAACGAGAGCAGGAAAAAUUGCACAAAUUAAAGUAACACGUUCUCACAGUGUAGGAAACAUCAGCUGCAGUCUGGACUCCAGUGCAAACAGCAUUACAUGUCAGGACCACGAAUACUGCCCCUAUGCGGAAGAGCUGGAUCACAUCAAUCUGACCAUUUAUUUCCGAAGCAACUACGUCAUUGAGGCAUAUUUCCUGCCGUUUCAAAUCUCAGACAUAGUGAGGCCAGACAUGGUGCGUAUCAGGAAGAAAAACAACACUCUUGAGCUGCAGUACCCAGAAAGCUGGAGCACACCCUUCUCCUACUUUCCCCUCACCUUCCAGGUCAAAGAGAUUCGUUGUCGUAAAAAAGCUGACUGUGAUUGCUCUAACCACAGAUCAUUGAAGGUGAACCUGACCCAGGAGCAGCAGUGGCCACUAAAAAAGGGUGUCAUGGUGUGUGUCAGAGCACAGGACGACCUGUGUAAUUCCUCCUGGAGCAAAUGGAACAAGUAUAAGUAA